GGGCGAGAGUGAAUGGUACGGUCCACCCCCUACCGUGUAGCUUAAUGUUUUUCCACUUGGCAGAAAGCGGUCGGAACACGAAGUUAGUCGUUUAUUCGAUCAUUCGAAAUGUUUUGUGAGACAUUUUAAGUAUUCAGCCUGUAUCUUACUGUAUGAGAUUACUGAGUUUAUUUAGUAAGACAGGAAAACUUGAGUGGGGGCGGAAAAGAGGGCGGAAAAUGGCCGUUAGCCGCGUCCUUUGAAGUAUUUCCUCUGUGAUCUUUUUCUCUGGAUUAAAGCCACUAAAUGCAGAGCGACGAGCGGCCGCUUAUUGAGCUGAACAGCCUGAUGUUUUCUCCGGGUCAGGAGGAGACCUGUGCACCCACCAAAGAGCCUGUAAAGUACGGGGAGCUGGUUGUUCUCGGGUACAAUGGAUCCCUCCCCAGUGGAGACCGCGGAAGGAGGAGGAGCCGUUUUGCCCUCUACAAGAGAGUCAAAGCCAACGGGGUUAAGCCAAGCACUGUACACAUCCUCAAUAACCCGCAGGACAGCAAGGCUGUAAACUGUAAGGGCCAGCACAGUAUCUCCUACACACUGUCCAGAAACCAGACUGUGGUUGUAGAGUACAGCCAUGACAAAGACACAGACAUGUUCCAGAUUGGUCGAUCGACGGAGAGCCCAAUUGACUUUGUGGUGACAGACACUGUGUCAGGGGGUGUAGACGGCGAGGACUCUCCCAUCACACAGAGCACCAUUUCGCGCUUUGCCUGUCGGGUGGUGUGUGAACGAAACCCUCCGUACACAGCACGCAUCUAUGCUGCAGGCUUUGACUCUUCCAAGAACAUCUUCCUAGGGGAGAAAGCAGCCAAAUGGAAGAAUCCAGAUGGCCAGAUGGAUGGACUGACAACCAAUGGCGUGCUGGUGAUGCAUCCGCGUGGUGGUUUCACAGAGGAGUCCAAGCCUGGUGUGUGGCGAGAGAUAUCUGUGUGUGGAGAUGUAUAUACACUGAGAGAGACUCGCUCCGCACAGACACGAGGCAAAUUGGUGGAUAGUGAGAGUAACGUGCUGCUGGACGGCUCUCUGGUGGACCUGUGUGGUGCCACUCUACUGUGGCGCACCGCCGAAGGUCUCUUUCACGCACCCACCCAGAAGCACCUGGAGGCACUGCGCCAGGAGUUGAAUGCCACGCGACCACAGUGCCCUGUGGGCCUCAACACCUUGGCAUUUCCCAGCAUGCAUCGAUCCAGCCGGCCACUACCCAAUCUUGCCCAACAGCAGGACAAGCAGCCGUGGGUGUACUUGGCAUGUGGGCAUGUGCAUGGUUACCAUGAGUGGGGCCACAGCUCAGAGCGUGAACCUAACGGCAAACGUGAGUGCCCCAUGUGCAGGACUGUGGGGCCCUAUGUGCCACUGUGGCUAGGCUGUGAACCAGCCUUUUAUGUGGACUCCGGAGCACCUACGCAUGCCUUUAUUCCUUGUGGUCAUGUCUGCUCGGAGAAGUCAACCCGCUACUGGUCUGAAAUUCCCUUACCACAUGGUACCCAUGCUUUCCAUGCUGCAUGCCCAUUCUGUGCCACACAGCUCAGUGUCACACAGGGAUGUGCUAAGCUUAUCUUCCAGGGCCCUGUAGACUGAGUGUUCAGGACACAAUUGGGCACAUAAGGAUUGGUAGGACUGUGAUGGAACAGGAAUAAGAACUCAAAAAGAGAGAGAAAAACACUGCAAAGAACUGUUGCACCACACAAACCAUGAAGCCAUGUUUAUGUACUACUUCCAGUGGAAUCUUUAUUCUCCAUCACUGUAAUACCAGUUACCUUGGAGAGAGGCAAAGACUGUUGGCCAUAACAAUGAAGCAGUCUUAUUUAUCAUAUGCUGUUGGAUGAGUUGGUCCACAGGUAUUGUAUCCCAUCAGCACUGUGAGAACACUUUCAGAUGCCCUUUAGAGCAUUUCCUUGAAACACUGUUUUUUAACUACAUAAUGGACAAAGCUGCAGGUGAGUGUAGAAGACACCAUGUUGUAAUAUAUUUAAGUCUUCUGCUUUUUUGGUGAUUGUUUUUCCACUAAUCAAUAGUUUAAUACAGUAUUACAAUUAACAGAAUUAAAAUAUUGACAAUAUUUGCUUUGGACUGAAAGUACCAAAAUUUAGUUUUCCAAAGAUUAAAUGGCUGCUAAAACUGGACUAUUGAAAUCAGCUCUUGCCAGAUCAAGGACAAAAAUAGAACUCUCCCAGUCACUGCUUGAUCACGAAACACAGUUCUGCAUUAUUAAAUUAGGUCUAAGGGACUUGUAGUUCUUAGUCAAUGUUUUUUUUUUUUUUUUUUUUCCUUUUCCUUUUUCGGGCAAUUAACGCCUCUGACCAGUAAGGUUAUCUCUGAUGUAGUGUUUCCAACCCAGGAAUUUUAUUGUACUGUAACUCAUGAACCGUUUUUGUUGCUAUUGAAGGAAGAGUAUGCAGGCAGGGUUGAUCAGGAACAUCUACAUCCCUGUAAGUUACAUACAUAUUCUAUAAGUUGCUUUAAACCAAAACCUUCAUACUUGGUGACUUUGGAAAUUUGACAGCUGUGAAACGAACAGGCUGCUGGCUAUUAAUGAGCCAGUUUCCCAUUUGUUAUUGAUUCCUAUUUUCUCACCAGUGAAAAUGCAGUAACUAAUAGGAUGUGAACAUGUUUUAUAAGGUUGUUUUAAAGUGAAAGAAACUUGUCUUCUAUUUUCUUAACCUUUGUACAGAGAAAGAUUUUUGUUCUAGUAAACUGGGGGGAGGGAGGGGGUUGAUGGUGGUUUAAAUGAAUUUUAAUCUGAUAUGGGAUAAUUGCAUUUUAAAAACAACAUAAAUGAUUUAAUUCAAAGCA